ACCUCAUCUCCCAAGAGGUCAAGGUUAAAUUUUUGAAGAUGUACCCGUUGAAGGUCCGAAGACGCUCAUCACAGGAGUGGAUCUGGAGGAAAGCGAACGAAAUCCGAUUGAAUCGAAGGGCUUCUGCUCGAUGGAGACAUCAGAACCAAAUGGAACAUCUGCACCUCCAGAAAUAGCAGCCCUGAGCAUCAAAGCCGGGGCCACAUUCUCGGCAAAAUGUUCAAUUUACUCUGCAAAUGUUACCGUCUCAGCAGACUCGAAUUUGGAGCAGGGUUUAAAAUCUGCAACGAAGAAGGACCUUCCCAAGAGCUUCCCAUUUGAGAUGGUAUUCUUCAGUAAGGAGGAGCACGAUAAGCAGACGCAAGACGAAGCCGAUAAUGCAGGGUUCGGAAGUGUCUUUCGUGGUCACCAAGGGCUUUGUCCGCGAUUGGGAGGAGAAUACCCCGCUCGACUCUUCAUCGGGCAAAGCACGGAUCAAACGACCGGUAUGUCUUGCCACAUGUCCGGUCGUUUCAUUCCAACUGUGGAGCGAGGCUCGAUUGACCUUGCCAAUGUUCAUGUUUCUAAAUGGAAUAAGGAGCUCCUUUGCGUUGGAGGUUUUCUGGCGAGAAUGGCAUAUGAUUUUGAGAUGAGGGAAGUACGCGAUGCGUGGUCGAAGUUGAGCAAAGCAGAUGCGGAAGCGCUGGCAUUGUACACGAUGAAGUCCUUCGUGUUUCAUCGGACCACACCCGAUUCGAACGUGUCCCAUAUUAUCAAGGAUGCGUUCUUUGCUUGCUCGACAACAAAAAAAAUCCUGUUUAUCUCGGAUCAAGGUAUUCGGCCCACGAAGGACAUCCGUCGCUCCCAUGGGGACUUCGAUCCCUUCAUGAGAACCCCAGUGGUCAGAAAGGAUCUGGAUCCUUUAUUAAAAUCCAUGCAGUUUCCUGACUGUCUCAAAGUCAAGCAGUACCAGCUCAGCGACAUCGCGAAAGAAUUGGAAUCUCUGUCGUUGCCUGAGGCUGUAAUGGUUGCUUUCUUGCGUUGGUGGAGCACCUCAUGUGGACGCUUGGAUAUCUCGCCCGAACGGCGGACGGAAUGGCGCAGCAAAUUCCUCAAAGUAGGCAGAGCAGAGUGGCAGGGGAAGGAAGUCAAACUCAGCUCCAUCAGUAAAUUUAUUGAUAAACCAAUGCUGGACAUUCGCGGUCAAGAGGACCCUCUCCCAGGAGACGCAAUUCCCCCGGCCCUUAUUCGAGGCGUCGAGCUCUCGAAGAUUUCAGAUACUUUGGGAUGGGAAAAGAUGACGAUCGCACACUGGCUUCGAUACCUCAAGGGUGGGAUAGUAGAUCCAGCGCACGACAUUACGAAAGCGCCAGAGUUCGCGCAACGCGUCCUCAGUGUCCUCAGCGCCCUUUGGCAAACUCUAGAUGAAAAUAGUCGUUCCGAAGUCCGGGAGAUUUUGCAGGACGUUCCUUGCAUACCUACGACUAUCUCGAACGUACCUUCCAUGAAGCGGCCCCGGGAUGCGUAUUUCCCUUAUGUCGACAUUUUUCGUAACCUUCCCGUCGUUAAACAACAGCUUCCCGUGGAAUCCAUCACCGAGCAGGUGUUGCAGUAUCUGGGAGUGCAGAAACGGUGCGACAUCGACGCACUCAUAAAACAAUUGAACAGUGAUGAUAGAUGGAAUGUCAUGGACCUGGCGAGAUACCUUGGAAAAUCUCCCCAGGAAGAUGUGACUCGCGUGAUGGAUAAGACGUUCUUCCCUUGCAGUGAUGGUAAAAGACAUUACAUCACAAAGGUCUUCACAUCUACAGCGACCAACCGGGCACUCGGAUUGCCUGUAGUCAAAUGUGACUCCUGGAAUUCAAACAGUGAGGAAGCAAUAUGCCUCACUAGACAAGGGCUGCGCGAAUACCCCACAAUAGAGGAACUCAUCACCAUCGCAUCAUCUGAGUCCGAUGGUUCUGCUAGACAAGCUGCGUGGUUGUCUCUUUGCGGACCAUCGUAUGAAACAGAGCUUGGAAGGCAUUUCGAUCCGUCAAAGUUCCUUUCGCACGCAUUCAUCCCCGGUGUCAGAGACGGACAGCCUUGUCAGUUCUUCCACCAUGAGGUCUGUUAACCACUGUUUCGUACAGACACUGGAUACGCGUAGCUGAUUCCAUGAUUGGAAAGGUAUUUUCGGAUGUAAAUUGGGCAAUUUUUGGCUUUGGCCAUCUGCACGACGAGAGGAUCAUCGAAAAGCUGCGGAUUCAAGAAAGCCCUAGUACCCCUGAAACGCUACUUCAAGUUCUUAAAUCGAAGCCGCCAGAAAACCCAGAAAGAGCAAAGAAGUGGUUCAAGUUUCUUGCUGACAAAGAAGGCGAGCGAUCAAUUUUGUGAUACCGGAGCUUUCAUUCGUGCUGAUAAGAUGUCCAGAUUUCUUAACAGGAAAAUUUGAAGAGAUUGCAAACCUCAAGAUCGUUCCUAUAGAGGUAUCGUGCGAGAAGCCACAAUCCAACGGCGUCUCUUAUGAACAUGUGUCGCCUCGCGAGUGCUUUCUGGAGUCAGAAUCAUACCCACCAGACCACCUCUACCGGC